GCUAUAUGUCAUGAGUUAAUUGUCACAGCCAUGUUUGUUUGAUCCGUUUCAUGUGGGCCAACAAGUGGAAGUGUGUUUGGGAAAUUUAAUAUCAACUGUGUCCAUUGUUCCCCUCGUGAUUCUUGAAAAAGUAAAUGGCCAUCACGUAUAUCCUAAACGUGACCCACGUCACUUUAGUGCACGAUUAUCCGACAAAGCAUUAUGUUUGACUGGCCCGGGGAUCCGUUCUGGUGACGUAGUAAAAAUGUUCUUUAUAAUGGGUGCUUAUGGUAACAUUGACAAAGUCGAUCUAUUGGGGCCACAGUGGAUUAAGGCAAUCAACCAUGUGAGCAGGAUUUAAGCACCUUUCCCAUACUUGUUAUAUAUUAACAGCCGUAAGGAGCGAUCGAUCCGCUGCAACCUGGACGCAAAGCAGGCGAUGGACAGAUAUUCCGUAGAAGGCGGUGUUUUAGUUUUACAGUGACGUUUAAAGGCAGGUCUUGGUCAAACCUACCAAUGAUACAAGUCAGUUAUAUUCUGCUGGGAACGAUCGCAAUGCACGGGUGUCGGAGCUCUGCACGGCAAAGGAGCAACCACAGCGAGACGAGGCGAUCAAGGGGAUGCGGCAUCGGUACGCGGGAGCUGUCCAUCAGCACCACGUCCCCGACGAAAAGCAAGCGAGCAGCGAGCAAAGCGGAGACCCAGUUGCGCCUGUUUUCAGCCUGCCGCCCCCGCCCUCUUCUCAACACCGAGACCGCACAUCCUCCGCCGCCGCUCACCGCCAGAGCCUCCAGGAGCUGCCGUGUCUGAGCCAGCCCUCUCGGCGACCCAUUCACUGCGGCGACCCUCUGGCGAGUUACGACACCGCCCAGCCGCCUCCACACCGAACCGGGGAACCAAGCAGCACCGGGAAGCCGGCGCACCUGCAGCAGGAUCCCUGGGCCCCAGUCGGCUCUCAGCGGCAGCAGCAACCGCCGCAGUUAGAGAAGCAGCCUGUUUUUCCGAGCUGCCACUGCAGUUUUUCGGAGCAGGAGGCGAGCCUUUCUCAAAACCGUAACCAUCCUGACGAUCUUCUCCCACCACAGCCCUCCCCACCUUUUCCGCCGCCUAUACCGCCGCCACCGACGUCGUCCUCCUCCUCCUCCUCCCUGCAGUUUUCCCAGGAAUCUAAAAGGGGCGAUCGUCUCCGAAGGAGUGCCAAUAAUUGCCAACAGGCAAGCAUCGUGGAACGCUGCAGGGGAGGAGGAGGAGGAGCAGGGGGGCACCGAGACCACAGGCAGUUGUUGCAGCAACAGCAUCAACAGCACAGUCAUUUAAGACUCCAACAGAGGGACCCCUCCCCUGAAAGAGCCCAUGCAAACUUGCAGAAAGGGCGCUCUUUAAAUGUAUGUGAGUCAACCGAGGCUAACAGGAGAGCAUUUGAGUCUCGGACCCAGGACCUGCAGCAGCAACAGAUCCCACAACUACGAGCGCAGCAACAGCUACUGGUGGGGAGCAGCUUGCCUAUCAACUACUGCGCCAGUGGCUCAGAAGAGCUAUGUAGGACUCACCAGGCUUCACUGCUGCAACAGCAAGAGCAGCAGCAGCAAAAGCAGCAGCAGCAGCAGCAGCAGCAGCGGCAAGGCGCACUGGGGCUCUGUCCCCAGCGUCCGCAGCACUGUGAAGACCGCAAUAAGUCUGGGUGGAUCACCGCGCAAGGCGAUCAGGCGCAGCCACACAGCCGCGACUCCCGCGUAACAACCCCGGCUACACAACAGGCAUACGCGGGGAACUCGUCCACGACCGGCAGCAACAGCAGCAAAGACAGCCCCAACUACGGCUCGAGCUAUCACCUGUGGCCGGAGAGCCCGCAUAAAAGAGAGGAGAGGAUACGCAUCGACCACCAUAAGGCCUCUACUGAGCAGAAGAAGCUGAGCCAUGCUGGAUCCAAGCCCUCCCUCUCCGAGAGCAGUGGCCGACUCCCUCAGAUAGCCAUGAACACCUGCAAGUACAAUGGCGGCGUGGUGAGACCACUGGUGGGCAGCCUGGCGUCCUCGUCGCGCCGCAACCUCGCGGAGCUCGACUCGGAGACCCAGCCCUUGCAGACGCUGCACAGCUCUGGCCUGGAAGUGGUGGUGUCCAAGGGCAACGGCGGCGAUGACCCCAGCAAGGCGUCCAACGAGAGCUUGGUCAGGGAGGGCAGCGCGCGGGGCGGAGGCAGGGCGCCGCAGAAGAAGAACAGGGACAUCGGCUACAGACUCGGCCACCGGCGGGCGCUGUUUGAAAAGCGGAAGCGACUCAGCGACUACGCGCUCAUCUUUGGGAUGUUUGGGAUUGUUGUCAUGGUGACAGAGACGGAACUGUCAUGGGGGGUUUACACUAAGGAAUCUUCAUACUCAUUUGCACUGAAAUGCCUUAUCAGCCUUUCCACUGUUAUAUUGCUUGGUCUUAUAAUAAUGUACCAUGCCCGGGAAAUCCAGCUGUUUAUGGUCGACAAUGGUGCGGACGAUUGGAGGAUAGCCAUGACGUAUGAGCGGAUCUUCUUCAUCGUGCUGGAGCUGCUGGUGUGUGCCAUCCAUCCCAUCCCGGGCCAGUACGUCUUCACCUGGACGGCCCGGCUGGCCUUCACCUACACGCCGUCGGUGGCCGAUGCCGACGUGGACAUCAUCCUCUCCAUCCCCAUGUUCCUCAGGCUGUACCUGAUAGGCAGGGUCAUGUUACUCCACAGCAAGCUGUUCACGGACGCUUCAUCUCGCAGCAUCGGCGCCCUCAACAAGAUCAACUUCAACACACGCUUCGUCAUGAAGACCCUCAUGACCAUCUGUCCAGGAACUGUUCUGCUGGUGUUCAGUAUAUCCUCCUGGAUCAUUGCUGCAUGGACUGUGCGCGUCUGUGAGAGGUAUCACGACAAACAGGAAGUGACCAGUAACUUCCUGGGAGCCAUGUGGCUCAUCUCGAUCACCUUCCUCUCCAUUGGUUAUGGAGACAUGGUACCACACACGUACUGCGGGAAAGGCGUGUGUCUGCUUACGGGGAUUAUGGGAGCUGGUUGCACUGCACUGGUGGUCGCAGUUGUAGCCAGGAAGCUGGAGCUGACCAAGGCUGAGAAGCAUGUCCACAACUUCAUGAUGGACACACAACUCUGUAAACGAGUAAAGAACACAGCUGCCAAUGUACUCAGGGAAACAUGGCUCAUCUACAAACACACUAAGUUGGUCAAAAAGAUAGAUCACGCCAAGGUGCGGAAACACCAGCGCAAGUUUCUCCAAGCCAUUCACCAAGCUCAGAAGCUGCGCAGUGUGAAGAUGGAGCAGAGGAAACUCAAUGAUCAGGCCAACACAUUGGUGGACCUGGCAAAGACCCAGAAUGUGAUGUAUGACCUCGUGUCAGAGCUGCAGGAGCGCAGUGAGGAGCUGGACAAGCGCAUCGGCACAUUGGAGGACAAGCUGGACUCGGUGACGGGCAGCCUGCAGGCGCUGCCCUGCCUCAUCUCCCAAGCCAUAACCCAGCAGCAGCAGGACUUUCUGGACGGCUUUGUUCACCGCUUUCGGCCCGCUUCACUAGCCUCGGAGCGCUCCGAACGCUCCGAGCGAUCCUGGACUUCCACCGCCCGAAGGCGGCGCUCUCCCUCGACAGCACCACACACCUCCUCCGAUAGCGGAUGACCUUGACGAACCCACUGCAAUCCCAUUUCAGCCCCAACUUUCCCAGCCCAAAUGGUCACCUUACUCUGCCCUAUCCAAGCUGUCCCUGUAACCACCGGCUAGUCCAUGUCUGGACUAAUAAUGAAUCCAUAUCUUGACCCCGGGUCUGAUCCUUACCCCCCCAUUCUCUCCUCUGUCAUCAAAUC